AUGACAGGGUUGUAUCGCGUUCUUACUGCAUCGGGCAGGGUUUACGGGGCCCGGGCGUACUAUACAUCUAUGGGUGCUGGGGGUUUCUAUCAACCGUGCCUGCGGGCUGUGGAACAACGGCAGGGUCUGUGGCUUCGUUUCGCGUCACAGGCGCGAAUUAACAGUGGCGUUUAUCCUGCCUUGGCAGGUGCCAUGACGUACGCGAGACGGUGGCAGAGUGGCACUGGGGCGACAGAUUACUACACGCUCCUUGGGGUGAAGCCGGACGCCUCGGCGGACGAAAUCAAGGCGUCGUACAAAAAGCUUGCCUUUCAGUACCACCCCGAUCGCAACAGCGAUCCAGCGGCGGAGGAGAUGUUUAAAAGCAUUUCCGAGGCAUACCACGUGGUUGGAAACAAAGAGCGUCGAAGGGAGUACGACUUGAUGCGUCGCAGCACCUCCUCCACUUCUUCUUCUUCCUUUUCAGGCAGUGGCUCGCGAGGCGGGUUCUCUCCCGGGUAUUCGCAACAAGGCCCCGCAGAAGGCUAUCACCACAUGUCGAAAGAAGAGGCGGAUCGUCUCUUUCGCGACUUGUUUGGCGGUAUGAGGGUGGAUCAGAUAUUUCGGGACCUUGAAGAGGAGAUGAGGCGUGGCAGUCUAGGGGGUCGUCAGAGCCGCACCUCGUCGGAAUUCAGUGAAAAGGAACAGGCGUUUCGGCCUUUUUUCCGCGGUGGAUCGACCCGCAUCUACGUCGACGCCCACGGCAAUCGCAUGGAGGAGCGUGAAUUUCACGACCCGCGUGGAACAACAUUCAAAGUGCGCACGGUGAGUAGUGAGCAGCCGAACGCCAGUAUCAACCAACGGGUGGAGGAGUAUUACAGUACCAAGGCGGGGAGCAGCCGAGAUGGCAGGUUUCACUACGGAAACUCCUCUUUCACUGUGAACCCGCCUGGUGCCACGAACGACUUUGGGCAAACUCUUUUUGGUGUGCGGACACACGGAAGGCACCCACUCGUAGCCAUGAUGAUUAUUGCCGCGUGGGGAAUUGUGCUUGGCACCCUGAUUUUGGCUGCCUUUACAUUUCUAUUUUCUCAUCCCGUCUUUACGAUGUCCGUACUAUUUCUUAUUUUCCUUCGUCGGAUGCGUUUCCUUUGA